UCCAAAGCCACAGGAGGAGAUCGCAUAACAGAGCAACGACCUGUAACAAUGGCCGCCGGCGCCAUGCACUUUUUCGCUCUCAACACGGGAUUACGAAACAACGUCGUUCAUGUCCGAGCGCAACAGGCGGCACCGGGGCAGCAAGAGCUAAUCCGCUCCGGCGCCGUCCGUGCCAUCCCGCCGAGGGAUGCAGCCGUAGCCCUGCAGGCAGAGGGCUUCCGCCUCCUCGACAUCCGUCCCGCGUGGGAGCACUCCAAGGCGCGCGUCGCCGGCGCGCUCCACGUCCCGUUCUUCGUGGAAGACACCGAUGGCACGCUGCUGACGCUGCUGAAGAAGUGGGUUCACUUCGGCUACAUUGGGCUGUGGACGGGGCAGCUCCUCACCACCAUCAACGAGGGGUUCCUCACCGAGGUGGAGGUACUGGUUCCCAACAAGGACGACAAGAUCCUCGUAGCCUGCGGCGAAGGACUCAGGUCGAUGAUUGCGGUGAGGGUGUUGCAUGAGGGAGGGUACAAGAACUUAGGGUGGCUCGCCGGCGGAUUCAACAGGGCCGGUGACAGUGACUUCCCGAAAGUGGAGGGGACGAUGAAGCUGCAGUACGCCACCGUUGGGGGUGUGUCCUAUAUCUUCUUGCAGCUGUUGAUCUUGCUCAAGGUAUUCAAGGACUGACCGUAGUUGAUAGGGUAAGUGAUUAAGGUCGUGUUUCAGAGUCUAUUUAAUGGUUUGGAAUCUAUUUGCAAAUUUUUUGAUGAAGCAAAGUGAAAUUCUAAGCUUGCUUCAACUUAUCAUUUUUGGCAUUAUUGAGAACAUUGGACAAUUGACCAAAAUUGCAUCAUAGGCAUUUUAAGACUUUGUC